AUGGCAGAGGCAAAGCAAGGAAAAACGACUUCGGAAGAUUUGUACAAUGGAUCAUCCCAGUCACGGGUUAUAUUGGCGAAACCACGUCUCGGUGGUUUCGGUUCCUCAAAUUUCGGUUCGAAUUCCAACAAAAGCUGCAAUCCAUUCGGUUCUGUCUUACGUCCACCACAGUUGAAAGCAAAUGCAAAUCCAUUUUAUAAGCAUGCAGAGGUCCCUGAUGAAAUUGAAACAGAGAAAGAAACACAGCCUGAGACAAUAGCCAUAGAUAGGUUGCUGGAGAAAAAAGAAGUGGAACCGCUAAAGUUUGUACCACUGGGUUCCGGUGUAGCCACUUCAAAGGCUUCAAACCCUGCCCCUACACCAGCACAACCAACUACCACUACAUCAUCAUCUGGAUUUGUUUUUGGACAGAACUUAAGUGAAAGAGUUGUUAUGGUAGAAUCUGUCAUCAAUGGUGAAGCAUCAUCCUCAGAACAUAGUACUUCAAAUGGCACCACAGAGUUGCUGUUUACAAAUGCUGCCGCAUCAGUUAAGGAGAAUAAUCAGGAGGAAGCAGGGCCAAGCGAAAAGAGUAGUGAUGGCCUUGCAGCUGCUGCAGCUGAAUAUGAACGAUCUCAUGCCCGUCCACCACCACCAACAACUAAUUGCACCAUGACUGGAGAAGAGGAUGAAACCAAUGUUUUACAGAUAACUUGCCGUCUGUUCGCGUGGGAGGCGGGCAGUUGGCGGGAACGCGGCCGCGGUGUGCUGCGAUUGAACGAUGCUGCGCCGGGCAGCGGGGGUGGCAAUGGAGGCGGCAGCGGGAGCGGGAGCGGAACCACUGCCGGUAGCGGUUCGCGCCUCGUUGUGCGCGUGGUGGGCUCCUUGCGUGUCGUGCUCAAUACUAAGCUGUGGCCCGACAUGGUCGUGGAGCGGGCAGGCGCGAAGUCGCUAAGGAUAACAGCGGUCGAUGCCCAGUUGCAAAUUAAGUUGUACCUCAUUAUGGGUGCCCCUGGCGACAUAGACCAAUUGUACAGAGCGCUCACGGCCCGCAUCGCUGGCAGCAAAAGAACAGUGAGCUGCAAUCAGAACUCGACUUCGCAGAGGGCUGCGGAAAGAUUGGAGGCGGCCACCGAUGAUGGCGAUUAUAUGGACAAGGAUGCCUACAAUGGGGAGGACUCUUGCUUCGAGGAAGGUAAGCAGAGCCUUUCGGAGCCGCAGGAAGAUGAAGGCGGUGAGCUGGCGCCGAGUGAUAGACUAGAGACGGAAUCCGGACAAAAGACUGAAGAAGAUAAAUCACAUGUAAAUAAUGAAGAUAACGAGGAGAUGGAGAAAGAAAAGGCGUUGAAGCGAAAAGAACCGGCCGAAGAUGAAGUCACCCCAAAGAGACAGUGUCCCGAAAUCUUAAUACAAAGUCCA